ACACGGGGACUACUUUCGGUCGGCCGGUCCCUUCCAUUUUCUCGGCUUCUCCGAGCGGACUCGGCGGCUUUUCCGGGUUCGCCUUCAACCCUGUUAUUGUGUGUGUGAGAGAGGGGGAGAAACCCGCAGCCACCAGCCCUGAACCCCGCACACACCAUAAACACACACCACAACAUGGCUCUGAAAAGAAUCCACAAGGAAUUGAAUGAUUUGGCCCGUGAUCCGCCAGCACAGUGUUCAGCAGGUCCGGUUGGAGAUGACAUGUUCCAUUGGCAAGCCACAAUAAUGGGGCCGAAUGACAGUCCCUAUCAGGGUGGUGUAUUUUUCUUGACAAUUCACUUUCCCACAGAUUAUCCCUUCAAACCGCCCAAGGUUGCAUUUACAACAAGAAUCUAUCAUCCAAAUAUUAACAGUAAUGGCAGCAUCUGUCUUGAUAUUUUACGGUCACAAUGGUCCCCAGCAUUAACUAUUUCAAAAGUUCUUUUGUCCAUCUGUUCACUGUUAUGUGAUCCAAAUCCAGAUGAUCCCCUAGUGCCUGAGAUUGCACGUAUCUACAAAACAGAUAGAGAAAAGUACAACAGAAUAGCUCGGGAAUGGACUCAGAAGUAUGCAAUGUGAUUACAUUAAAAUGUUGACGAACCUCUUAAAAUACAGCUGGGGGAACUUGCAAAACAAUUUUUUUUGGUUUCCAUUUGACUGCUUUCUUUGAGCCCACGCCUCUCCCCUGUGCACAUGUUCACCUGAUCCAGCAGUGCUGCGUUGUUUUGUGUACAUAUUUGGAACAGCUGAUAGAAAUGCCCCUCUCAUUUGUUUGAAAUUCUGACUACUUACAAAGCAAAUGUUAAUGUCCAGUUCUUCAAUCAUAACAUUGUUUGUGAGACUAAAAGCAUUCCUAGUCAUUGUAACAAGAUUGUUAAAAAUUCAGGGUUUAAGUGCUUCCGGGGAUGCGAACUUUCCCUUUUAUAAAUGUAUGUUGGAAUUCUUUUAAACUCAUAAUGGUUAUGAAUAAUAGAAGGAAGAACUUUAAUUUGUUUAAUGUUUUGCAGUUUUUAUGCUGAAGGAUGCAAAUCUACAUUCUAGUUAAACGUUGGGAUGGAAAGUUGGAAGUCUACACGUGUCCUAUGAAAUUUCAAUUGUCUCCCUCAACAGUUAAAUGGAUUGGAGUUAUUAGUUAGCCAAUCAUUCAAUUUUCUGUUACCAUUUUGGUUUAUAUUUGGCUUGCAGUGAAUGACUUGCUAAUAACUCUAAUUUUCUUUUUUGUUUUUGUUAACUAAUCUUAGCCUCACCAGGAUGUAAGGAUAAAAAUUCAUGACUGAACUUGUGUAUAUUUAAUGACCCAAAGGCUCUCCUGGAGCUUGUAUGUUCAAAAUGAUUAAUCUGUGUAAUAAACUGAUUACUAAAGUCA